CCCUAGUUCUAGAAAAGAAACGUGGAUUGAAUUAGGGAUUAAACAAAUCCCCAAUUUCUGCUCGUGCUUAUACCUCUGUUCCGUCAAUCACUCGUCAUCGUCAUGGCAACGUCUCAAAACUCGCUGAAGAAGUAUUUUUCCAAAGUACCAAAAUCAAAUUUGGCCUCUCAUAAUCAACCUAAUCGGGAAGAAAAUGUCAAUCAAUCGGAAGUACCAUUGCAUUCUUCUCAAAGACAAGAAACUGAUUUAGAGAAUGCCAAUCAAUCGGAAGUACCAUUGCAUUCGUCUCAAAGACAAGAAAUUGAUUUAGAUUCUUUAGAGUAUGAUCCGGCGAAAAGAACUCAAAUCUUGGACUAUCAUCCAAACGAUCGUGAUGUAAUUAGGAGAGCAUACAUUCGACAAGGUCCUUGUCAACCUGAGAAUCAUAUCUUUCCUCCAACAGAUUUUUAUGGAGAUAUGCGCCGUUUUAAUCCUAAAUGGUUUCAGGAAUAUCCUGAUUGGUUGGAGUAUAGCGUAAGUAACGAUGCAGCAUAUUGUUUGUAUUGUUAUUUAUUUAAAGAUAGUAACAUUCAUCAAGGUGGAGGUGAUGUAUUUUCGACCAUUGGGUUUAAGAGUUGGAAUAAAAAGAAAAGUUUGUGGAUACACGUUGGUAAGUCAAAUAGCAUUCAUAACCAAGCAAAAAAAAGAUGUGAAGAUCUAAGUCGACAACAACAGUCUAUUAUAUCUGCAUUUGGGAGGGGGCAAUCUGAUCAAUUUAAGCAUGAGUACUGGCUUCGCUUAACUGCUUCAAUUGAUGUAGUAAGACUUCUUGUGAAUCAAGGAUUUGCAUUUCGGGGUCAUGAUGAGUCUAAAUCAUCACUUAAUAGGGGUAAUUUUCUUGAAAUUCUCUCAUGGUAUGCGAAACACUGUGAUAAAAUUCAUGAUUAUGUAUUGGAACAUGCUCCUCAGAAUGACCGAAUGACCUCUCCAAUGAUUCAAAAAGAUAUUGUGACUGCAUGUAAGAUAGAGACCAUCAAAGCUAUCAUUGAGGAAUUAAAUGGUGACUAUUUUGCCUUAUUAGUUGAUGAAUCUUUUGAUGUGUCACGUAAGGAACAAAUGGUUGUUGUUUUACGAUAUAUUGAUCGAAAGGGAUAUGUGAUGGAGCGAUUGAUUGAUAUUGUACAUGUUCAAGAUACUAGUGCUUUAUCUCUAAAGAGUGCAAUUGUCAAUUUACUUUCUCAACAUUCAUUGAGUCUAUCUUAUGUGCGCGGGCAAUGUUACGAUGGGGCAAGCAAUAUGCAAGGUGAGAUAAAAGGCCUUAAAAAGUUGAUUAGGCAAGAAAGUUUCUCAGCACAUUCUAUUCAUUGUUUUGCUCAUCAACUUCAACUAACUCUUGUUGCGGUUUCUAAAAAAUGUAUUCAUGUGGGGGAACUUGUAUUAUUAGUUUCAAAUGUUUUGAAUGUGUUGGGAGCUUCUUUUAAGCGUAUGGAUGAAUUUCGAGAAUCUCAAAAAGAAAGAAUUCAAGAGGCAUUAGAUAUGGGUGAACUUACAACAGGUAGAGGCUUGCAUCAAGAACUUGGUCUUAUAAGAGCUGGUGAUACUCGUUGGGGAUCUCACUACAAAUCUUUUUGUAAUUUUAUUCUUAUGUUUUGUUCUAUUAUUGAUGUUCUUGAUGCACUUGUUGUUGAUGCAUAUUCUCCAGAUGAAAGUGCUAAGGCAACAGGAUAUCUUGAAGCUUGUCAAACAUUUAAGAUUGCUUUUAUGUUGCAUUUGAUGAGAGAUAUCUUAGGAAUCACAAGAUGA